AUGUCUAUUUUUAUUAUGAGUAAAGAUUAUCUAGUAUGUCCCUAAGGACAGACAAUUAAACCUUUUACUUCAUAAGCCAAUUUCUUGGUCUUAAAAAAUAAUUACCAUAGACAUCAAUAUUUCUCUUAAAAUUAUUUAAGAUUUUAUUGAUUACAACAGCUUAAUUCUUUUUGGUUUGUUUUUGGUCUAUGUCUAGGAUACUGAAUAUGGAGCAAGGUUAUUACAUAAAGAUAAGAUACAUUACCAGAACCUGGAGCAGGAGAAUCUUCCUCAGACGCAGCUGAGUGCUGAAGGAGUCUGCCCUUACAAUCUAAACAUAGGGUAUAUAUACUCAUAAUUCACUGAGAGUGAGAAAGGAGAGUGAGCUUUGAGAGUGGUAAAUAACAUUAAAAGAGGCACCCCCACAUUCCACAGUGCAGAAUAUUAACUAUGGGAUGCGGAUAGGAGCCUACUUUACCCCAGCCCUUGUAUCAGAAGAGAAGUAUAUAUGUUCAUGUGGUUUUGUCUAACCUACUAGCAUACAGUAAUUCAAGGUGAGCUAUUAGAGGUUAGGGUAUUAAGCAUUGAAUAUAUCUGUCUAUAAUAUGCAGGCAGGGGCAUGCUCCAGAGAAUAUGAACUGAGAAUGUGAACUGAGAAUAUGAACUGAGAAUGUGAACUGAGAAUGUGAACUCUCUUCUUAGCUUGAUACGGCAUGAGGCAGCUGUUCUAUGAGUCACACUAAUUUCCGGUGCCUUUUUUGAACAGACUGGGCCAUCUGCGCAGACGCGAACUUCCUGGAACAGAGGAAACAGCCGGACCAGCCGUAGGUGGGCGAGUGUGACGAUUCAUCAGUCCCGGAAGGGAGGACAGAGGACCAGCACUAAAGUGUAGGAUGCGGUAUCCCUCAGGUAGGCGAAGGAUAGUACCAGGGGGAAGAUUGUGCUCAACCCACUGUCGUGUGGCCGAUGGGUCGGAGAAAUCAGUAGGCCAACGUUGUGUGUCAGGGACCGGAUCAGGACUAGAAGGAGCAGAAGGUCGUUCCUCGGAUUGAUCCGAGUGAUCCGAUGUCUUGUCCUGUGACAUCCUAUACAGCCCAUGGCAAGUUGGGGAGCUCAAAUAUAAAAUACAAAUCUGUUGGGCACCCUUCCUUGAGGGGAAGGCUGAGUGGUAGUGCAUCCACUUUCCUUGCUGAUGAUUCCUGGUUCGGCUCCUAGCAUCUCCAGGUAGGGCUGAGAGACACCUUUUUUCUGAAACUGAAGAGUGACUGCCAGGCAGUGUAGGCCAGGCACAGAGAAUCUUUGGCCCUCCAGGUGUCACUGAACUGCAAAUCCCACCAGUCCUGGUGGGGAGAAGAAAUACAUCUGAGUGGAAUUUUCUGGUCUGCGUUAGCGAAAUUGUUAGAAAUCCCUAAGCACUGACACCAAAUGCCUCCUUAUCAGUCCUACAAUGCCAGUUCUGGUGAGAACCAAUGAAAUACACUCAUAGUCAAGUAGUGAUUUCAGACUCAACAGACACCUGAGUUUGGGAUUAUUUUUAGAGGUUUACCGAAGGUUUCACUUUGAAAAUAAACAAAUUCUGAGCCUGUCGGUAAGGAACCUACUGAGAGUCUGAAGGUGACUCAGGAGAGUUCUCCAGGUAGAAGAGAAACCAGGUCUGAAGCAAAACACAGUGUAGUGAAUAAGAAGAAGAAGAAGAAGAAGAAGAAGAAGAGUUUGGAUUUGAUAUCCCGCCUUUCACUCCCUUUAAGGAGUCUCAAAGCGGCUAACAUUCUCCUUUCCCUUCCUCCCCCACAACAAACACUCUGUGAGGUGAGUGGGGCUGAGAGACUUCAAAGAAGUGUGACUGGCCCAAGGUCACCCAGCAGCUGCAUGUGGAGGAGCGGAGACGCGAACCCGGUUACCCAGAUUACGAGACUACCGCUCUUAACCACUACACCACACUGGCUUGACAAGAUUAUUUCAGCUACACAUGUAGUGUUAGAGAAGCUAUUCUGUUUGAAGAACCCAAAGGGAAGUGGUAAGAUGAGGCUCAUCUUACCUCUUAGGACAUAUCCACACUACAGAUUUGAAUCAGUUUAACAGCCAUUGCCUGUCCCCAAGACAAGGGACAAGGGGAACCAAUGGCCCUCUAGAUGUUGUUGGUCUCCAGCUUCCAUCAGUUUCAGUUACCAGGAUGAUGGGCACUUUAGUUCAGCCACUUCUGGAGGAGUUUAGUUCAGCUACUUCUGGAGGUCCUCUUUCUCUGAGCUAAGGAUCUCCAAUAGAGGAUUCUCAGCAUCAACCUCACAAAGCUCCCAUUCCCCACGUUUCUUGAUGAGGACAAGCCUUAAUUAAAGGUGGGGUAGAAAGAAUAUAGGGUGGUAGCAUAGACAAGACCUUUGGAUGGAAAACGUUGUGCACAUAGAAGCUAAGCCAGGGAGAGGAUAAUAUGGCUCAUCCUCUGCCUUGCUGCAAUGACAACACAAUAGCCUUGCAAGAAAAUUAUGUUUGCUUUGAUUUAUGCCACAAGUGUUAUUUGUCUUCCCCUUGUGCCUCAUAAUUACUAGCAGUAUUACGGCAGCUUACUGGGUUCUCUUAUUUAAAAAAAUUAAUGUCGAAGUGGGGCAUAAGCUCUGUUGAUUGUCAAUGCAACAUGACAGAAAAGCCACCCAGGUAACCGAAUGCUGAGGGCACAAUUGAUUUUCUGCCAGAGAGUCUACUGUUCUCUCGCUGUGUUCUCUUUUAAAAUGAAAAAUACAAGGCCUCUCCUCAUGUUUUAUUGUUGCUGUUUUUCCUCAGGACUGAAUUUAAUCCUGAUAACUCAGAUGUUAGGCUGCAUAUACUCUUUUGCUGAAAGAGAGCUUAAUAAGCCUGUUGGCUAUGAGCAGGGUGCUUCCUUCCAAAAAUCCAGAUUAACUAUAGCUCUGAAUUCUUUAUGGAACUUUUAAGGUUAUCAUUCAUUUUUAUGUAUAACCUUUCCCAAGUGCAAAGUGCUGUUAAGAAUUUGAAAAAAUGGAACAGCACCGACCUCAUUUCAUACUGAAAUUCGCUUGAUGAUGAUGAAUGAGGGCGAAAGGCUUGCUGGAAGCAUUUGGCCUGUCUCCCCUCCCCCCACGUAACACUAGAACCCGUGGCCAUCUAACGAAGCUGAAUGUUGGGCAGACAAAAUAAAGUACGUCUUCACACGGUGCGUGGUUAAGCUAUGGAACCUGCACCCACAAGAGGCUUCAAGCCUAAAAUGAAGAGGACUGAGAAAAAUCCUUUACAGAGAAUGGACACAUGUUGCAAAAUUUGUUAAGAGGUUCCAUAGCUUCAUACAGUGUGUGGAUGGUGGGAAUAUUCAGAGGUAGUAAUUUUAUUUAGUUUCGGUGAACAGGGUUGCCAGCUGACAAAAAACCCAACCCAUCCUGGCAUGAUCCGGUAGCUUUAAAGCCAUCCUGAUGUGCAGAAACAAUCAGGGACGUUUUUCAUAGCAUUUAGAUAGGCAUUAUAAUAUCCUGGAAAUAAUAAUGAGCGCCAACUGAGCUGCUGUUAAAGGCACAGGAACAGAGACUAGUUAAAACAUUGGCUAACUGUUAGUGAAGGUGGAAAAAAACUCUUAAGGUGAAGAAAUAAAACUAUUUUUUUCUGAAUUGCUCAAGAACACAUGACUCAAGUCUAGAAAGAAACAAUGCUCUUUCUAAUGAAGCAUUUAUCUAGUUUAUGAUAUAUACCCCUAUGCAAAGGGCCAAUGUGGGAGGGAAGACACCACUAAAAUCCCAUUUAAUACAGGAUUUAAUAUGGUUUAAUAGUGUUAUGCUUUGAGCUGCGAUAAACAGUCUCCCUGAAUGAGCCAAAACAAUAAUAAACUCACAGGGUCUUACUCUGAGCUGGAAGCUCAGUGGGAAUUAUUUUUUAAUUAAGGAAAAUUUGUUUCAGUUUAGCAUGGAGCAAAUACUGGUAACAUGUUUCUGAUUAAUAAGGGUCAAUGUAGUUGUAAGCAGACUCCACCUGCCUGCAUGUGGCUAUUAGCUUGCUUUGGAGAACAUGAACAUGCUGAUUUGUCAGUCUUCUUAGAUAUGCUAGCAGCAUUAUUUUUCUGGCUCAUUCGUUUGCAAACGAAGUGUAAAGAUGAGCUGCUUAGUGGAUUGGCAGGAAGAGGCAGGAAGGUAGACCUUGAAAUGUAAUUGUUGGUGAUACCUUCCGAAUAGGGAAGUAUGGCACCUUAUGUGGUGGUGGAAAUAUGGUUCACUAGUCAAACUUUCUAUUCAUACAAGGUUGUAAAUAAACCUUCAGUGCAAAAUAUCUGGGAGCUCUGCCUAAAGACACAGCAAAACAAAACACAAGCUACAUAUUUUCAUAGUGCAUCAAAAGUGGUAGGGAAAAGAACCUACACCAGAAUAUUUCUGGUGUGAAACGUUUUGUGAUAUUUGCUGGAAGCUACAGACCAUGCAGAUUGCUGCUUAUGCCAUGUGACCACCCCAAGGGUGGAUAGAUGCAAAUCAACUUAAAUGUGGAAGUGUGUGUGACAAUCCUGAUAGCGUCAAGAGCACAAACCAUCCUGAAUGUAUAUAAAAAGCUCAUCUGGAAAGGCCCUAUAGCUUUAAAACUCAUUCAAAACACGUCAUCCACCCAAGAUUCCUGGCCACUCUAGUUUGCUUAGAGUUUCUGGGGAUGGAAACUCAGAGAGGUAAGUUACGCUCCCCAGGAUUCCUGGAGGAAAUGAAUGUGCUUCCUAAGUCAGGCAUCCUAAGUCAGGUAUGAUUUUUCAAUGUGAGUAUUCAUCUAGGCUAGGUGAAUGGAAUGUAUGGCCUAUCUUUAGAUUCAACUUUUAACCUAUCUCAAGUGCUUUAUAUUCCUUGUACCUGAGUUAUUCCUGUCUUAAAUUCCCCAGUGUGAUAUAAUCAAUCAUAAACUCUAAGAGCAUAAAGAAUGGGUAACUGUUGGAAUGAAUGCUGAUUCUGCCUAAACUGUUGAAAAUAGAACUGUAGAUGUAUUUUUUUUUUCAAAUUAGAACUGUGCCUUUUACAUCAUCAUCAUCAUCAUCAUCAUCAAGUAGCAGAGUAAAAGCAUUAGGUAAGAGCAACCUUCCUUGCAAGUUGUAGGUUAACAGACAUGCCAGAAGAGGUGUGAUUGGCUGAAAUGGCACAUUCCAAGGCAGCUGUCUCCCCUGAAAGGACAGUAGCAUUCUGGUAAGAUCCCUGCAAAUAGGUAAGAUCCCUUGCAAUCUUGUCACAUGCCAGGGAACUUUAGACAAAAAAGAGGAAGCCGUGCCCUUCUGAGUGAAACGUUGGACAUUUCAGGACAAUAGUGACUUUGGAAAAGAAUGGGAACCUUUUACAACUUAUUUGCAGAAACAAAAAAAAAACAACAACCAUGGACUCGUUGGCAGGAUUUAAAUAAACAUUUACAAUUUUAUUUACAGAGAAAAAGAAAUAUAACAGGUGAUAACAUAGUAUUAUGUACAAACAGCAGAAUGUAACAUUUGAUGUAAUAAACCAGAAAUGGAAGUUGGGGGAAGUCACAGGGAGGGGGGAAAUUGGAAAAUGAAUGUUAAGUAAUGACACUGGAUAUUUGUUAUGAGAAAAGAAAAUCAAUAAAAACUAUUAUUAUUAUUAUUACUUUUAAAAAGAAACUUUGGACAUUUCAGCAUUAAUUAAAACAAGGUAGGCUAUGUGGGAGUCCACUUAAUUGCAAGCCAAUCUGGGAUCAUCUUCUAUGAUGAAGGGUGAGAUAGACAUGUUAUAAAGGUAUUAUAAUAAUAUAAUUAAAUUGCUUGGGGUGAGAUUUGCCCAAUGGGCUUCAAGCCAGCCCUAGAACAUUUAUCGCUCACAUUAUGGCUGUGCUGGAAACCCCAAGCAACAGUGAGACUCAGAGAAGCACAGAGGCACUCCAAAGAGCUGCCAAACACGCAGUGUGUGCCACUCAUGAUCCACCAGGACUCUGUGAGCUGCUAAGGUUCCUGAUGGUGCUGGUAGGCUUGCCAGGUCCCCCAUGAGUCAUCAAGCAAGUGCUGAGCAGCUGCUUGGGGAAGAGAAUAAUUCAUGGGAAGCCUGUCUCUUGUUGAUGACAAGCUGUGCUCUUGCUGUUCCUAAGGGCAAGCACUGCCUCGCUCAAGACACUGGGGAUUUGGCAAAUCCUGUAGCAAGAGAAAAGGCAGAACAGUCAGGGGCAGUGAAGAUACAAUUGUCCCAUAGAGAAUCUCUUAAACAAUUAAGCUGUUUCUUGUUUUGGAACACGACAUAAAACUGGCUCCAGAUUCAUGUGGACCUCAAGGAAAGAAACUGUUGGUAGGGACAACCAGUCUGCUUUUGCAGGUUAUUUAAUUCAUGUCUAUUUUAUCCCAUUACUAGGUUGAUCUGCCAUUUAAUAAAAAAGUUCACACACAAAAUCACAAUAGCCUUGAAUGCAUUCUUCGUAAAAUAGGCAUUUUUGUAUGCAUUCCAUCAUAACACACACACACACACACACACACACACACACAUUUUAACCUCAAAUACAGAUUUCAACAUGUAUUUUACUACUUUGUGGAACUGAGAGUUGUAUCACAGAAUCCAAAGAAGUAUAAAAAAAAAAUCAAAGGACAACUGUUUAGUCCACGAAGAGUGAAUCAGGUUGGUUCACUUAAAAAUGAGGAGAAAACCCUUGAGCAUCUGUAGCUAACAAUAGUUCUUCCUCUUUGUCCCUAGAUAUGUGA